GCAGAAUGCAACACUAUAGCCCCUCAAGGCUACACAAAACAACCUCCCGCCAUCUUCCGCUCUUCCAGACCGGAUGGUGAUCCACGGAAUGGAAUCUCUUCUAUUCCAAUUGGCUUUAGGGCUGGGAAAUGAAGAAAACAAUGGAUGGAUCCGGAUUUGUGGGUACUGUUGCUUUUUCUGUUUUUCACUUUUUUUUUUUUUUUUUUUUUUCCCAUUCCUCUUGCGUCAGUGUGGUGAUGCUGUCCAUGUUGGGGAAUGAGGUCAUUAUCGUGAUUGGCCUAGACAUCAUCCUCUGCGAUUCUGGAAUAUCGUCGAUUGAGCGGUCUAGAAAUGCUAAUGAUGUGUUUGUUUGUUGUGCGUGUGAAAAAAAUUUUCAUCGCUAUGGGGUCAUUCUGACUGGGAAUUUGCUCAUUACUGGAUGGCAUCAGUAUUCCAGAACAUUGCGUUUUCUGCUGACUACCUCACUCUUUGGAUACAUCAAUCAUUAUUCAAAUCUACUCGACUCGACUCGUUCUUGUUAAUACAUCAUUAUUCAGUUGGGUAUCCUAGUUAUAAUACAAAUACUAUGCAAUGCACUUCUCACGCUGCAUCAACCUCCAUUGGAUCGCCGCCUCCGCCUGCUACAGGGGUUGGUGUAGCUGCGACAGGCGUAGCUGCUACCGAUGGAGCUGACCCUGCUGCUGGUGUAGCUGGUGUAGGUGUAGAAGC